UCUAUUUAUCUUUUCUUGCAUCUCGACUCAAUCACCAAUUUACUCUCAUUUCCACCGUCUAUCAACUUCUUUCACUCUUCCAACUUCCACACUAAAUUUCAAUUACUCAUCCACUUCUACAGCUUCAAUGGCACCAAGAUACAGUCGCUCAAAGGGCAAAGGAGAGAAGAAAAAGAAAGAAGAAAAGGUUCUUCCUGUUGUAAUGGAUAUCACUGUUAAUCUGCCCGAUGAAACACAUGUUGUUCUCAAGGGGAUAUCAAUGGACAAAAUAAUUGAUGUUCGUAGACUUUUAUCAGUGAAUACAGAGACUUGUUAUAUCACUAAUUUUUCCCUAUCUCAUGAGGUGAGAGGACCGCAAUUGAAGGAUACGGUGGACGUGUUUGCACUCAAGCCAUGGGUCCUCACUUUAAUCCAAGAGGAUUAUGACGAAGAUAGAGCAGUGGCUCACGUCAGACGGCUACUGGACAUCGUGGCCUGCACGACGAACUUCGGCCACUCGUCGGCGGCGAAGAAUGUGAACUCUCACGCGCCGCCGCCCGCGGCGGUUUCCGUUGACGGAGAUUGCGAGAUAAGCCACUCGCGCCCUAGGCUCGGUAGCUUCUACGAGUUUUUCUCUCUUUCGCAUCUCACUCAUCCUUUCCAAUAUAUAAAGAAAACAGUGAGACGACGAGUUCCGGAGAUAUUGGAGGCGGAUCAUCUCUUCUCCUUUGAUGUGAAGCUAUGUAACGGGAAAGUAGUGCACGUUGAAGCUUGCAGAAAUGGAUUUUGCAGUGUUGGAAAGCAGCUCAUAUUUAGUCAUAACCUUGUUGAUUUGUUAACACGGCUUAGUAGAGCUUUUGCUACUGCUUAUGAUGAUCUAUUGAAAGCAUUUUCAGAACGUAACAAGUUUGGGAAUCUCCCUUACGGCUUCAGAGCCAACACAUGGCUUGUUCCUCCUGCAGUGGUGCAAUCACCGUCAGUUUUCCCUCCCCUUCCCGUGGAGGAUAAAAACUGGGGAGGAAAUGGUGGCGGUCUAGGAAGGGAUGGGAAAUUUGAUUUGAUUCCUUGGGCCAAGGAGUUUUCAUUUAUUGCAUUUAUGCCUUGCAAGACAGCAGAAGAAAGGCAAAUUCGUGAUAGAAAAGCAUUCCUUCUCCACACUUUAUUUGUUGAUGUUGCCAUUUUGAGAGCUAUUAAGGCUGUUAAACAGCUAAUGGGAGAGUCCGAUGUACACAGUUCUUCUACAGAAAAUGGUAUUCAUUUCACCGAGAGAGUAGGUGACUUGAGUAUCAGAGUCAUGAAGGAUGCGUCUGUCGCUAACUGCAAGGUUGAUUCAAAAAUUGAUGGAGUUGAAACUACUGGAAUAAAUCAAAAGGAUCUAAUAGAGAGAAAUCUACUGAAAGGAAUUACUGCUGAUGAGAAUACUGCAGCCCAUGACAUUACCACUUUAGGUGUUGUUGUUAUAAGGUACUGUGGUUAUUUGGUUUCCGUGAAAGUUGAGGGGGGAGAAAAUGAAAAUGUCAACUCUUCAUCUUAUCAAAGUAUUGAAUUGUUUGAUCAGCCAGAUGGUGGUGCCAAUGCACUCAACAUUAACAGUUUAAGACUACUUCUCAACUCAGCACAGUCAGAGAAGAAUAGACCCAAUCAGAUGCAAAUGCAUGAGACUGAAGAGCUUGGAGUUUGUCAAGCUUUUGUGGAGAGGCUUAUUAAAGAAAGCCUUUCUAAGCUUGAGGAAGAGGAACCUGGUGUGGACAAUUUCAUAAGAUGGGAACUUGGAGCGUGCUGGAUACAACAUUUGCAAGACCACAAUAGCGAAAAGGAUAAAAAACCAUUGUUGGAUAAGGCUGAGAAUGAAAUGAAGGUUGAGGGGCUAGGGAAACCCUUCAAAGCCCUUAAGAAUAAUAAAAAUAAAUCUGAUCGAAGUAGUGUGAAACUGGCAUCUGAAAACUCCAAAUCUCAUGUGGCAUGUGUUAAUGGAGAGCCUGAAAGUGCUUUGGUGCUCUCAGUAGAAUCCACACAAGAAACAGCAGCAGCAAAAAAUGAGCUUUUGCGAAAGGGAUUGCUAUCUGAAGCAGCUUUUACUCGGUUAAAAGAAUCAGGAACUGGACUUCACAGCAAGUCCAUGCAAGACCUCAUUGACUUGUCUAAAAAAUAUUACAUGGAUGUUGCUCUCCCGAAGCUGGUUGCAGAUUUUGGCUCGUUGGAACUCUCUCCUGUUGAUGGUCGCACCUUAACUGAUUUUAUGCAUACUAGGGGUCUACGUAUGCAUUCUCUUGGACAUGUCGUCAAGCUUUCCGAAAAACUAUCACAUGUACAAUCACUUUGUAUUCAUGAGAUGAUAGUUCGAGCUUUCAAGCAUAUCCUGCGGGCAGUGAUUGCAGGUGUUGACAAGGAAAUAAUGGCGGCAUCCAUUGCUGCUGCAUUGAAUUUGCUGCUUGGUGUUCCUGAAGAUAGAGAGUCGGAUAAAUCAUGCAAAAUCCACCCUCUUGUAUGGAAAUGGCUAGAGGUGUUUCUGAAGAAGCGAUUUGAUUGGGAUCUUAGCAGCUUGAAUUACAGUAAUGUGAGGAAGUUUGUGAUUUUGCGUGGCUUAUGUCAUAAGGUUGGCAUUGAGCUUGUUCCAAGGGAUCUUGAUAUGAAUUCUUCAAUUCCCUUCCAGAAAUCUGACAUUGUCAGCUUGGUCCCAGUUCACAAGCAAGCAGCAUGCUCAUCUGCAGAUGGCAGGCAGCUAUUAGAGUCAUCAAAAACAGCUUUAGACAAGGGAAAGCUCGAAGAUGCUGUUACCUAUGGAACAAAGGCUCUUGCUAGACUUGUAGCUGUUUGUGGCCCCUAUCAUCGGAUGACAGCAGGAGCAUACAGCUUACUUGCUGUAGUCUUAUAUCACACUGGAGACUUCAAUCAGGCUACAAUUUAUCAACAAAAAGCUUUGGAUAUUAAUGAAAGAGAGCUAGGUCUGGAUCAUCCAGAUACUAUGAAGAGUUAUGGGGAUCUUGCAGUUUUCUACUACAGACUUCAACAUACAGAGUUAGCUCUGAAGUAUGUAAAGCGGGCAUUAUAUCUUUUGCAUCUAACGUGUGGUCCAUCUCAUCCAAACACUGCUGCAACAUACAUUAAUGUGGCUAUGAUGGAGGAAGGGCUCGGUAAUGUAAAUGUGGCUCUUAGGUAUCUUCACAAAGCUCUAAAGUGCAACCAAAGAUUACUUGGUCCAGAUCAUAUUCAGACUGCUGCAAGUUAUCAUGCAAUAGCAAUAGCACUCUCAUUGAUGGAAGCGUAUCCUUUGAGUGUACAGCAUGAGCAAACAACAUUGCAAAUUCUGCGGGCAAAACUUGGUCCAGAUGACUUGCGGACCCAGGAUGCUGCUGCUUGGCUUGAGUAUUUUGAGUCCAAGGCUAUAGAACAACAAGAAGCUGCACGGAAUGGUACUCAAAAGCCAGAUACAUCUAUUGCUAGCAAGGGCCAUCUAAGUGUGUCAGAUUUGCUUGACUACAUUAAUCCAAGUCAUGAUCCCAAAGGGAGAGAUAUUGCACUAAGAAAAAGAAGCCAGAUAGCUAAGCAGAUGAGGAUGGAAUCCUGCCAGAACAUUGGCUCAGCAAGUUCUGAUGAGUCUUGGAAAGAAACUCCAAGAGAGACUUCAGAUGAAGUAAUACUCAUACCUGGAGCAGGUGUUGAUGUAGAUACUGAUCUGGAGACCAACUCAGCACCUGAUUCAGAACAGCCCAUUUUAGAAAAGACCUCGGAUGAAAAACAAGUUUCUGUUGAAAUCUUGUCUGAAGCACAUGCUGAUGGUGAGGAUGGAUGGCAACCAGUUCAACGGCCAAGAUCAUCUGGUUCAUAUGGCCAGCGGCUGAAGCAAAGACGAGCAACAAUUGGUAAAGUUUAUUAUCAGAAAAAGAAAAUGGAAUCUGGCAUAGACUAUAACUAUGGGAAGAGUAGUGAACAGAACAAUAGAUGUUAUAUUCUGAAGAAGAGAACAAUAUCCCAUGGGGUUUAUGCUGAUGAUCAUACUGUAAACAUAUCCCAAGGAAGUAAAUUUGGAAGGAAAGUGGUCAAAGCUGCUACAUACAGGGUGAAGUCCAUGUCUGCAUCUGAUAAGACUACUGUAAAGGAUUCAUCAGAAAUUGGUGAUAAACUAAUCAGUUCUUACUCACAAGUUGGUUCACUUUCAGCAUCAAAUGAUAAUAGUACUCUUAAGACUUCUAUAAUUAGUAUUGGGAAAUCUCCUUCAUACAAAGAAGUGGCAGUGGCUCCUCCUGGGACAAUUUCCAAGUUGCAACUCUAUAAUCCUCAAAGUAAUAUUCCUGUUUUGGGGGUGGUAAAACAUGAAGAGGAAGAUUUUAAAAUUCAUGCAAAUUCUGAACCAACCCUGGAAGAGGAAAAAAAUACAUUAAAAGAGAAGGACAAAAGUUCUGUGUCAGAUUCUUUGGAUUCAAAUCAUACUGAUGAUCCUGAGAGGAAACAAACACAGUUUACUGAUUCUGUUCAAGAAAAAUUGGAGAGUGCUGAAGGGGUUGAUUCUGUGGAUGUUGAAGUUCAUGAAGCAGUUGAUAAUAUCAUAAUGAUUGAUGCAGUGGAGGAUCUUCUGGAUUCUCAUAAACUUGACGUUGACACUAGCAACUCUGACUGUUUUGAACUCCCUAAUCAUACUACUACCAUCUCACAAGAAGGUGAAGAUUUAAGAGUCAGUGUUUCUCCAUCAAGUCAGGGUGAUUCCCAGGGUAUUCCAUAUAAGAAGUUAUCUGCAUCUGCAGCUCCAUUCAAUCCGGCACUAGGCAUUGCACGAGCUGCACCAGUUCCUGUUCCGCCAAUUGGGCCCUGGCCAGUAAAUAUGAAUGUUCACCAUGGACCUGCUACCAUGUUACCAGCAGUUACCCAAAUGUGUUCCUCUCCUCACCAUGCAUACCCAUCACCUCCACCUACACCAAACAUGAUACAACCAUUGCCAUUCAUGUAUCCUCCUUAUACUCAGCCUCAAUCAAUACCAUCCAACAAUUUUCCAGUUACUAGCAGCGCAUUUCAUGUCAAUCAGUUCGCAUGGCAAUAUAAUAUGAACUCAUCUGUAUCUAAUUUUGGUCCCAAUGCAGUAUGGCCUGGUUGUCAUGCGGUGGAAUUUCCUCCUCUGGCACCUAGCAUCAAACCAAUUCCUGAUCCCAUUUUGGAGCCACAAAAACAGCAUCAUGUUUCAAAAAGUUCAAGCUCCGCUUUUGUUCUGCCGGAGGGCUUUACUAAUGAUGGUGGAUACAAGAAAGAGGGGCAACCUUUAGAAUCAGAGACUGGCGAGGAUGAAGUGGGUAGAGUUCACGCAGAAAGUGUGAAAGAAAAUGGGAAUCCUAAUUUUCAUGAGUUUGAAAAUGCUGGGGACAAACCCAAUAAUGACAUUGGCUUGAAUAAGAUCAGCAGAAAUGAAAAGAACAUAGAUGGUGAGAAAACGUUCAGUAUUUUGAUUAGGGGAAGAAGAAACCGGAAGCAGACACUAAGAAUGCCAAUAAGUUUGCUAACUAGACCCAGUAGCUCACAGUCAUUCAAGGUUACUUAUAACCGCGUUGUCAGAGGAAGUGAUGUACCCAAGUCCAUCAACUUGUCUUCUGGAAGAGAUUGUACAGCUACUGCUUAACCCAAAGUCUCUUUGUUGUUACUAAUAAACUAUAGCAGAAUUACUGCCAAUAAAGGAGAGAUAUCUCACAAUUUCAUGUGCAAAAGGAGAUGUGGUUUUCGAUCAUUUAUGGAACUCAAUCACAAUUUCCUUCAGCUAACUAUGUAUCUACCUUGCCAAGGGAAGUUUCUGUGAGUAUUCUACUUUUCUGCAGAAAUUUAACUUCUGGAAAAGUUAAUACACAAUGUUGUAUAAUUUAUUCAUUCUGUCCAUUGCCCCAAACAACACGUGCUCUAAAAACAAUGCAUCAUUUAUUGUUUGAAGAAAAUAUAGUUGCACCAGUGAAGCCUCUUACGUCAUGGAACUAGAUUUGACCUUGACUGAAAGAUCAGGAGGGUUAUUUUUCUACCAAAAGCUGGAGCUAUUUUAUUGAUUCCGUUGUCCCAGCUAGUCGCAGCUUAUCAUCUAGAAUCACUAGGGUGCAUUAUUUGAUUAUUAGUUGGGACAUGGAAUUGUUCUUGUGAAUCAAAAUCUUAUUGGAGUUGCUGCAAACAGCAGCCAAUAGUUAUCUUUGUUCAGCAUGCAGGGUCAUCGCUAUCAGUUGUGGGGUCGCAGAGGCACCUUGACGGUGGAAAACAAUUUUCAAUAUCUAGUUAGGCAAUUUUGACAUGCUGAAUUACAGGAUUAUAGAUCGUGUCUAAUUUUCCUUUUGUUACAUCAUUGGCAAUAGUUUUGUUAAUUAAUUUGGUUCUUUUGUAUAUACUUCUUUGGAAUAAUUUCCCGUGUAUUGGUGGUUC